AUGCCAUCAAAUUUGAAUGCUCCUCUCUCUCUCUCCACUCUCCGACGCCGCCGCCACCCACACUUGAACCACUUCUUUUUUUACUUCUUUUCUUCAUCACCACCACCUUCACGCUCCUCCGUCACCUCAACAACCCAAAACACCCAACUACACUUAUCAACGGUUGAUUUUCACGGCCUCGCUGGUUCCGUUUUGUCCAAGUGUUCCCUUUCAAAUAAUCAUACCAAACCUUCCCUGAAAGACCUUCUUUUGGAUGUCUCCACUGUCAUCCCUGAAAUUACCAGGAAGUUCUGGAAGCUUCCUCAGUUGGAUCCUCAAAAUGUGCUUCAAUUAUUGGUUGGUUAUCAAUCUGAGUGUGCCAGAGUUGGGGUUCAUGUCGAAAAGGUUAGGUCUUUGUGGCAAAUUUUCAAAUUGUGUGGUGAGAGAAACAUGGGUUUCAAGAAUCUCUUGUGCUCUUAUGAGGUCAUGGCAUCAUUGCUUGUGCAGGUUGGGAUGCUUAGAGAAGCUGAUGGCUUGUUAUUUGAAUUGGAGGGUGAAGGAAUUUCAUUGGAUAAUCAUGAGAUUUUCAGUUAUCUGAUUGAAGGGUAUGUUGACAUGAAAGAAUUAGAAAGGUCCGUUUUUGUGUAUGAUUUUAUGAGGGGUCGCGGUAUGAUUCCUUUGCGGUUGUGUUACCAUGUUCUUGUUGAUCUUUUGGUGAGAAUGAAGAGAACAAAGCUUGCAUUCAGGGUUUCAGUUGAUAUGCUGGAUUUCUGUGGCAAAUUGAAUUGUGCUGAGGUGAAAACGUUGGAGAAUUUGGUGAUACUACUUUGUGGCAAUGGAAAGAUUCUGGAAGCAAGGAACAUUGUCAAGAAGGUGUUGCCUUUCAAUCCUGAGGUUAGUAGCUUCGUUUUCGAUGAGAUUGCUUUUGCAUACUGUGAGAAGAAGGACUUCAAUGAUUUGCUUAGUUUCUUUGUCAAAGUAAAGCGUGUCCCGAGUGUAGUGGCUGCCAAUAGAGUUAUAAAUUCUUUGUGCAGCAGCUAUAAUGUAAAAAUGGCAGGAUUUUUUAUGCAAGAACUUGAAAACAUAGGCUUUAAACUUGAUGAAGUAACAUAUGGGAUAUUAAUUGGUUGGAGUUGUCGCGAAGGGAACAUGAAAAACUCUAUGAAUUAUUUGUCUCUUAUGCUAUCAGAAGGCUUGGUGCCGCGCAUAUAUACUUAUAAUGCUCUUAUAAGUGGGUUGUUUAAAGUAGGCCUGUUAGAGCAUGCUCGUCACAUUCUUGAUGAGAUGAUGGAUAGGGGGAUGCCGCUUGAUAUUUCCACCUUCAGAGUACUUAUAGCGGGGUAUUGUAGGUCUAGACGGUUUGAUCUAGUGAAAAGUUUGAUUCAUGAGAUGGAUAGUGGUGGUUUUAUUGAACUUUCGUCAAUGGAGAAUCCACUUUCCAGGGCAUUUACCGUUUUGGGAUUUAACCCUUUGAACGUGAGGUUGAAACGAGACAAUGACAGGAAACUUUCAAAUACAGAGUUCUAUGAUGAUGUUGGAAAUGGACUUUACUUGGAUACAGAUGUUGAUGAGUAUGAGAACCACAUUGCUCACAUUCUUGAAGAAUCCAUGGUACCCAAAUUUAGUUCAUCUGUCAGGAAGGAGUGUAGCAAUAAUAACUUGAAAAGGGCAUUGGUUUUGGUUGAAGAAAUGCUUCGUUGGGGGCAAGAGCUGUUGCUGCCAGACUUUUCAAUGUUAGUGAAACAACUUUGUUCAUCUCGGUCACAAAUCAAAUCAGUGGUCAAUAUUCUGGACAACAUUCCACGGUCUGCAAAUAAACUUGACUCGGAAACUCUUAAUUUGAUUGUACAGGCAUACAUCAAGAAGGGCUUGCUAUGCAAAGCAAAAGCUUUGUUGGAUGAAAUGUUUGAAAACAAAAUUCACAUCAAGAAUGAGAUAUAUACUGCCAUAUUAUUAACUUUAUGGAAGAAAGGAAAUAUGAAGGAGCUUAAUUAUUACUGGAACAAUGCUUGUAGAAAUCAAUGGUCGCCAGGAUUGGCAGAAUUCAAACAACUUAUUGUCUCUAUUUGCCAUCGGAAAAUGCUUGGGAAAGCAUUACAACUUCUUGAGAUCAUGCUGCUAUCAUACCCUUCACUAAGGUUAGAUAUAUGUCAUGUAUUUUUAGAAGUGCUUUCUACCACAGGUCUUUCAAAUGUUGCACUUCUAGUGUUAGAAGAGCUACCACAUUGUUUCAUGUUGGAUCGUGCCAGAUACAAUAAACUUAUCAGAGGCCUUUGCAAUGAGGGGAAAUUUUCUCUAGCCUUUACGCUGUUGGACGAUAUGCUAGAUAGAAAUUUGCAUCCCUGUUUGGAUGUUUCAGUCUUGUUAAUCCCUCAAUUGUGUAAAGCUGAUAGACAUGAAAAAGCUAUUGCAUUAAAAGAUAUCAUUGUAAAAGAGCAGCCUUCCUUUUCUCAUGAUGUUCAUUGUGCAUUGAUACACGGAUUUUGUAAGAUGGGAAACAUUAGGAAAGCUGACACCUUGUUCCGGGAUAUGCUGUGCAACGGUCUAAUUCCGGAUGGUAAACUUUGUAACAUCCUUAUUCAGGGUCACUGCCAAGGUAAGGAUUUGAGGAAAGUGGAUGAGCUUCUUGGUGCUGCAAUAAGAAAGAAUUUGGAGCUGUCGCACUCAAGUUACAAACACUUGGUCCAAUUGAUGUGCAUGAAGGGUAGAGUACAAUUUGCUCUGAGCUUAAAGAACCUCGUUCUUGCUCAAUGUCCACUUGAUGACCUUAUCAUAUAUAACAUUCUUGUUUUCCAUCUUCUGUCUGCCGGAAACAGUUUCAUUGUUGAGAAAAUUCUAACCGAAAUGGAAGAGAAGAAGAUUAUACUCGAUGAAGUCAGUUAUGAUUUUCUUGUGUAUGGUUUCUGGCACUGUAAAGAUGUGUCUAGUGCUCUGCAUUAUCUUACUACCAUGAUUUCGAAGGGACUUAAACCAAGCAAGCGCAGCUUGAGAAAGGUAAUAAGCAGCUUGUGUGACGCCGGGGAACUGCAGAAGGCCUUAGAAUUGAGUCAAGACAUGAGAGUAAGAGGCUGGACACAUGAUUCUGUCGUUCAAACAACUAUUACAGAGAGCUUUCUUUCUUGUGGGAAGAUACAAGAAGCCGAAACGUUUUUAGACAGGAUGGAAGCGGAAUCUCUGACUCCCGAUAAUAUCAAUUAUGAUUACCUUAUCAAGUGUUUUUGCCAAAAUGGAAGAUUGAACAAGGCAGUUCAUCUUUUGAACAUAAUGGUGAAGAAAAGUAACAUUCCAUCUUCCCUCAGUUAUGAUUCUAUAAUUCGUGGAUUUUGUGCACGAAAUGAACUGAAUGAUGCUUUGGAUUUUUACUCUGAGAUGUUGAAUUGGAGUCUUGCACCAAGAAUCGACACAAUGGAGAUGCUUGUUGACAGCUUCUGUCAAGAUGGGAGGACAGAACAGGCAGAACAGUUACUAUCAGCCAUGAUUCGAAGAGGCGAAACUCCGACCAGAGAAAUGUAUGGUGCUGUAAUUAAGAGUUAUCGCAACGAAAAGAAUCUUGGGAAGGCAUCAUAUCUCAUGCAAGCUAUGCAGGACAGUGGUUAUGAGCCUGACUUUGAGACACAUUGGUCUCUCAUAAGCAACCUCAGCAAUGUCAAAGCAAAGGACUCGGAUAACAGUAGGGGAUUUUUAUCAAGGCUUCUUUCUAAGAGUGGUUUUCUUAAAAAGAAAUGA